GGAAGCAGUGCCCACUCCGAACUGGAAAGCGAGCGAGCGAGCGCCUGCAGUCUGCAGCAUAGUCGGGGUUCAGCGGCUACAGUUUCUGAUUUGCAGAGACCAAACAGAGCUUUGAGCUGACUGACGGAGCUCUAGGUCGAGAUAAUCCUGGGCGGCCGUCCGGCCAUUUUUAGUUCAAGUUUGCAAUAACGACCGACAGUAGUCGCUAACCUACACCUGUAGGAAGUGAGUCAGUCUAGUGACGGUCUCGCACGCACACUGAUAAAAUCCAAUCAAAUCUGGGAUGUCCUCCUACCGGAGAAGAAGAGGAAGAAGAAGUAUGAGAGUAGCAGCAUCUGCAGUGACACCAGCAGCGGCAGCAGCUGUGCUGCUGUUGGGAUUGCUGUAUAUGGGGAGAUCAGCCGCCGUGCCGCAGAACCCAUUCUUCGGAAUCCCUCCUCAGGAUGAGAGCUACUACAAGGCAUCCGGAAAAAUCAUAAAAUGUAGAGACGGAUCCAGCACCUUCACCACAGCUCAACUCAACGAUGAUUUUUGCGAUUGCCCUGAUGCCACCGAUGAACCUGGCACAUCAGCCUGUCCUGGUGGGAAGUUCUACUGUCCAAAUGCCGGACAUACUCCGGUUUACCUAUUCUCUUCACGAGUCAAUGAUGGUUUUUGCGAUUGCUGUGAUGGGAGUGACGAAUAUGAUGGCCAAGUCAAAUGCACGAACAAAUGUUGGGAGGCUGGAAAAGCAGCUAGGGAUAAACUGAAGAAAAGGAUUGCUACUUAUAAAGAGGGGGCGACUUAUAGAAAGCAGGAAAUUGAGCAAGCAAAGAUAGCAUUUGCCAAAGAUGAGGCGGAGUUAACAAAGCUUCAAAACGAGGGGAGUGUACUGAAAGGCCUUGUUCAGCAACUAAAAGACCGAAAGGAACAAAUCGAGAAAGCGGAAGAGAGAGAACGGCUGCAGAAAGAAAAGGAAGAAAAAGAAAAAAAAGAAGCAGAAGAAAAGGCUCUCGGAGGGAAGAGUGGAGAUUGGGAUAAAGAAGCUGAGCAGAAGAAAUUGGAUGGUGCAGAGAAAGGCUCACAGAGUUCAGGUGACGAGAGAUUUGGCAUCUUGGAUGAUUCUGCUGAGCAGGAUUUCCAGGAAUAUGCUGAUACUGCGGCUGAAGCCUUGCACGGUGAUACCACAACACCUGAAGGAUCUAAUGUAAAUGAAGAGAAACAGCAUGUUAAGAAAAAUGAAGGAGACUCUGUUUCACCACAAAGCAAGGAAUAUUCUCAAGUUUCAUCUGGGACUGGCCAUGAUGGGAGCAACGAGUUGUCUCAUGAUCAAUCCAUGGAAUCAGUGCAUGAAUUAUCCGAAAACAAUGAAGAAUUAUCAAGGGAGGAGGUUGGCCGCCUUGUUGCUUCUCGCUGGACAGGAAGUUCCGACCGGGAAACAGAUAAAGUGGAAAAUUCGAAGCAUGAUGAUCAAGAAGACCAUGGAGAAAGUGGAGGGUCAGCAAUUGAUACAAACGAUCGUGAAGGUGACAGUGGUUAUUCGUCUGAAACUGACGAUGAUGUUGAUGACACUGGAAGAUAUGAUGAUGUCGAUGUGGAAGAUGAGACAGAUGAUACAUAUGAAGGGGACAACCACAACGAUGAUAUUUCUUCAUAUAAACCUGAAUCUGAUGAUGAACUAGAUUCUUUAGACACAACAAGACCGAGUAGUACAUCUUGGUUGGAGAAGAUACAACAGACCGUUCAGAGUGUUCUUCAGGCUGUUAAUUUAUUUCAAACUCCAGUGGAUAAAUCAGAGGCUGAUCGUGUGAGGAAGGAAUAUGACGAAGCCAGUUCGAAGUUGUCAAAAAUAGAGUCAAGGAUUUCAAGUUUGUCGAAGAAACUGAAACAUGAUUUUGGACCAGAGAAGGAGUUCUAUCUGUUGUAUGGAAACUGUUUCGAGGGCAAGCAAGACAAGUAUAUAUACAAAAUCUGUCCAUUCAAACAAGCUUCGCAGGUGGAAGGGCACUCUUCAACGACCUUGGGACGCUGGGACAAGUUUGAGGACUCUUACCGGACUAUGAUGUUUUCAAAUGGUGAUAAGUGCUGGAACGGGCCUGAUAGAAGUUUAAAGGUCAGGCUAAGGUGUGGAGCUAAGAAUGAGGUUGCAGAUGUAGAUGAACCAAGCCGUUGCGAGUAUGUAGCAUUUUUUGCUACUCCAGCUCUCUGCUUGGAAAUCAAGAUCAAGGAGUUCGAGGAUAAACUGGAGAUGAUGAACAAAGAACAACCACAAGGGCAUGAUGAACUGUGAUAGGGUUCGAGGAUCACAAGCAAACUAUUUGGGGUUUACUCAUGCUGACAUCAGGCCGAGCUAAUAUAUCAGUGAAGAAGGUGCAUGUGAAAGCUUUUAUAAUUGUAGGAUGCUCAAUCUAUUAGGCUUGGCUUUAUGUGAUGAGCAGAGUUGUGUGAGACCUUUUCAUUGAAAUGAAAAUUUUCAAACAGGCCACUCAGCUGUCGCCAUACAUCUGUGGAAAAUUGAAUUUGUAACUUGUAAAAGCAUAUUUGGUUUAGAAGUGAAAUGAAACACUUGCAUUUGGGAUUAAGGACUGAAGAAAGAAGAUGCUUGUCGUCAAAUCGUGUAAUUACUAGGUAGUCGUAUUAUUUACUUGUUAGUGGUUUUAUAGGUUGUAGUGUAUUUUUGUUGUGCUGUUUUUUUAGAAAACCUUAGCUGUCAUUCCAUCGUAUUUCUUCGUUUCUAGGUGAGCCAUAAUAUGUGUGGUCUCAUUUGUUUUGGG